AUAGUUCAGCGCGGCAUGUUUGGUUACAAAGUAACUAACGCCGCGAGUGGUAAAUAUUAAUUAUUAAGAUUAAUAAUUAUUAAAGUAAGAUUUGUGAUUCGAUAACCGAAAUUCGGUGUCUUACUUGCAGAGCAAAAUAUUAUCUGUGAUAGUUAGUGUUAAUGUGAAAUUAUAAAUUUAUUUUUGUUUGUAUAGUAGUUGUGGAAAGUAGAGUAUCGUAAUUUAUUUUUUAAAUAAUGACUCUUACUAUGACGAGAAAAGUUAGCGAAUGCCAGGCUGAGACUGUCCAGUUUAUGCCAAUACAAAAACUGGAAGAUGACUGUAUGCAGGAAAAAGAGUUUAGCAGUAAUAAAUUACUGAAGAGAGGAAAAAAACUAGAAAACAACAACAAUCUGACAAAAGAGGACGUAGAAUACAUAAACUUUAGGAAACUCCUCAAAUAUGAAGAAGCUCCAGAGUAUUUGCAGCAUAACCCUUAUAUCCGAGAUGGCUAUAGAAAAUUACUGCCUACCAGAUUGUGUUGGGAGAGCGUAUUCUGGUGGACGAACGAAACUAUGAACAUAUGGACGCAUAUUUUCGGCUUCUUUCUUCUGCUGUUCUUAACUAUCAACGAUCUCGUCAUCAUCAACAUCCACGCGACAGUGACCGACAAGACAGUCGCGGCAAUAUUGUUUUCCUGUUUUCUCGUAUGCAUGGCGCUGUCGGCGUUAUACCACACGUUCUCGUGUCGCUCCGAGCACGAUUACAACACGUUCCUCAUGUACGAUCUCUUCGGCAUCGCGCUCUCCCUGCUUGCGAUAUACACUUCCGGCGUAUACUACGCGUUCUGGUGCCAUCAUGAAUGGAAAACGUUCUACAUGAUAUCAGUAACGCUGAUCUUCGCCGUGGCGAUGGUGCUGCAAAUUCCCCGGCUACAGGUGCCGUACCUCGUGAAGAUGUGCGUGUUUAUAGGCUGGGCGGCGUACGGCGUUUUGCCCACGUUACACUGGACGUAUGUCAUGGGAGGCUUUGAUAACCCCAUGGUGCAGAUAUUCUUCCCAAGGGUGAUAGGGAUGUAUGUCAUCAGUGGGACUGCCUUUGCGAUUUACGCCUUCAAGGUACCAGAGCGCUGGUUCCCGGGUAAGGUGGACUACAUCGGACACUCCCACCAGUGGUGGCACGUGUUAGUGCUGGGCGCAUUGUACUACUGGCACAACUCCGCCAUGAUCUACGUGCAAUACCGUAUGAACCAUGGCUGUGCUAACACCAUGAGGAUAUUCUAGGAAUCCCUACCGAUAUUAUUAAUGCGAAAGUGUCCUUCGUUUGUCCUUCCUAAAUGUCCUAAUUAAGCCGCCAAACAACUUGAUUUCUGGCAUAGAGUUAGUUAAAAGGACCGAGUGUAACAUAUACUUUCCCAAAAAAAACGGGUUUCCACGGAAUUUGUAAAAAAACUAUAAACGCGGACGAAGAAUGCGGGCAAUAGCUAGUAAUUUUAUAUAGGCUAGUAAUUAAAUUAAUUAUUAUGCUCUCUCGAAACGCCACGUCGUCCUAUUAACAAUGUAGGAUCUAAAAUGAUCUUCAAGACACUUAUCUUUCAAGAAAUUCUCUGUAACAGCCCGACGUUGUAUCUUGACGUUUUCCAGCCCUUAAAGUUGUCGAUCAGUAAAUUAAACUUAAAGCCCGCAUUGGAGAAGCGUGGUGGAUCGAUUUUUGAAUUCCGUCUCCGAUGAGUGAUGUGGCAUGUGACCAUAGUUUGAGGAUUAUGAUGACGAUAAAAAUUGUUUCGAAGGAUCAUAAAUUUUGGAAUGGAUUUCAUCUCCUCAUUAAUUUCUAUAUUAAUAAUGAUUGAUAAAUAUCAUAAUGUAAGCAUUAUGAUAAUGCAAUAUAUAUAAUUUAGUUUACUUAUUUAAAAAUAUAAAGCAAAAUUUCAGAUUCUACGUUGUUGAUAGUUCAUGGCGAAAUAUUCGGCCGUAUUUCAAUACGAGUUUGGGAGUUGUGUUUAAAAUAGAAUACUCUGAAAUACUGGUCAAAACGUUUAAACAUUACCUACUAAAGCAUUCCAGACUCUAUAUUGUCCAAUUCAGCAACUUUGUCUACAAGUUUUGAACCGGUCGUCUUAAAUUUGUCAGCGACAGUUGUACAUCCGUCGCGAAUUUUGUAUGGAGAUGACAGGUUUACAGCAAUAAACAACGGUCACAAAAGUUACUGAAUGGGAGCUAGAAAAUAAUUUGAUGUAGUUCGAUUUCAAUUUUAAAUACACUAUGGGCCUGUUUCACAACCUCCUGAUAGCCUUUAACAGCGCCAUCUAGUUAGAAUACUGAGAACCGAGGCAAAAACAGGUUUAAAGAUAUUUAUACACCUGACAUUGGCUUAUCUGUAUAAAGCCAGAACAAAGAAAAAAAAAAAAAAGACACACGGCGCUUACAUGGAAACAAGAAAUUAAUAAGAGCAAUAUAUAAGUGUCGAUCGUAAUACCUACUGUUUUACAAAAAGUAAUUGUUUACUCAUUUAAUGUAUUUAAAUUUAACGUUUUCUCAAUAUUAGUAUUGGAAUUCUGUUAAAUUUAUUCAUGAGUUAAUGUUUAUUGUGUGAUUGUGAAACAGUAACUUUUGAAAAUAGAGUAAAACUUUGGCCCUUAAAAAUACGUUAUUUACUGCUCUCUCACUCUAUAUUCAGUUUAUCACGGUCAUUUAAAUAUAGAAAGAAUAAAUUUCAUAGAAGUUCCUAAUACGAGAAUAUACUGAAAACCGAUGCAUUGUUUGUUGUUGGGAAUCCAAAAAAAUGCACUAUAAAUGAAAUGGACCAAAGUGAUUUAUGUCACAAAAUAGAUACAUGACCAAUGUUAUUUAAUGGUAAGUAAAGUCUUGCUCAAUAUAAGUAAUUAUAUUAUUAUAUUAUAAAUUGUUAUGUUAAGUGUUUUUCUAUUCUUGUUGGUCAAGUUACUCUUUUGCAAUGGUGGUGUUAGAUUGAAAUGCCAAUAUAAUUUCUAAUGUAAUGUCAUCCUCUCGGCCUAUGUAUUUCGGCGAGCUAGGGAGUGCAGAGCUAGGAAUAUAUUUUGGUUUUUUCAGUUAUUAGGUUUCAUAAGGUUUGGUUGACAUUUUAUUUCCCACAUGUGACAAUUUGUGGCUCACUUGUACAGAUAACGCCAAAUUAUGACGAAUUACCGCUAUUUGUGACCGUGUUAGAAAUGUUACCUUUGUUAUAAUUUGAAAUAUGUACAAAAACAUUUGUAAAUUUUGUAGAACAAAGUAGUAGUACCAAUAAAAUGUUAUUGGCGUAUCGAACUGGACCAUUUUAAACAAUUUAAAAAAUAAUCGCUAACUUUUGACAGAUUUCUUCUAACUCUACACUCCAUUGUUAAAAUGUUGCGCCUUAAGUAUAGAUAAAUAUAAAUAUGAAUAUUAAAGUAUGUUUUUAAAUUAGUUAAACAAUCAAGUUCGCUAAAAUAUAUAAAAACUAUUAAAAAAAAAAACAGAUUUCCUCAAGAAAGUAUGUUUUUGUUUUUGUUUUAUCCGGUUGUCGUUCUAUUCGAUGGAUAGAGUUUUAGGUAUCCGGGAAAUCUUAACUCGAAGCGAAUCUUCAAAAAAAAUUAUUAUAAAGGUAAAAUUUUGGAAUGAGUUUUGUUACGAUUCCAUAGAAAAGUUAGUCUAUAUAAAAGAAAUAAAAGUUGCACUCAAGUCGUAUUGUAUUUCGUAGAAUUGUAUUUCGUAUUUAUGCUCUUACAGAUAUUUUAAAACGAAUUCCAAAAUAACUAUAAUCUAAAAUAACUUAAUUUUUUAUUGUUUUGUUAAACGUACUUUAGUAUAAUAACUAAUUUUAUUCAUAGAUCUGAUAUUACUUAUAGCAUUUAUUAAUUAUUUUGAUGUCUGUGAUGUUUUUUUUU